UCCGAUGCCCGCGCGCUCUUCAGUAAUUGCCACACACUCAGAGAGUACGCACGCUCACAAUGUUCUCUCCACGCUUAUUAGCGGCCUUCGCGUUAGUAGCGGCAGCAACUGCCCUACCCACCACCGACAAACCCGCCUUCCCUCGACCGGUAACUACCAUCACCGAGGAUGACUUCGACGACUCCCCCUGGUUCAGUUUCCCCAUGUUCGGAAAUCUCUUCGCCCCUCUCUGGAAACUCUUCCCCAGUUUUGCCGAUAUCGGACCCAGGGUUGUCACUGACGAGAACAAAUUCCAGAUCGUCGUGAACGUUAAGGAUUACAAGAAGGAAGACUUGAAGGUGAAGACGAAAGGUGACUUCAUAUUCGUCCAGGGAUCGCAUGAGGCCAAGCAGGACGACCAUGAUGUGUUUGCUAGCCAAUUCUUCCACACUUACACUCUACCAUCGAACUCCAGCGCGACUGAUGUGACGGCUGAGCUCUCCAGUGAUGGAUACCUAACAGUCAACGCUCCGUUGAGCUUCGUCGCUGAUCGUGCUAAGGAAUCGGGAGAUCGUGAGGUCCCAAUAAUCGAAACUGGAGUGCCCUACCCGAAGGAGAAGUCUGAGAGAGAACCAACGACGACACUGGCUGCCGUGACGACUGAAGAUGACCGAAAAGAGCCGACGACGCCCUCCGACCGUGACGAUGCCACUAUUAAGGACAACAACAUCCCUCUCGGUAACGAGAUUGCGCCAUAGUGAUUUAGAUCUAAGAUAGCAUAUAUCCUACUUGUAUCGUAAUAAAUAUUUUUU